AUGGAGGCGGAGGAUUGUCUACUGCCGAGUGAACUUAUCUAUGACCUUGUGGUACGGGCGGUGGAUCGACAUGACACGACUAACCAUUUGGCUACCUACGUCUUGCGUCGAUGGAGACGUUCAAUCCCGAAAGGUGCUUUUCGGCCACCUGAUGGAUACCUAGAGCCGAUAAGCUCCAUGCACGUCGACAUCCUCUAUGAGAUUUUUGAACACCUGCACCCCAUUGAUCUCCACCACAUCAGCCAAACCAAUCGGGCUUUCCAAGCACUUCUCAGCCAUCCAAAUUCGAGCUCUGCGUGGAACCUCGCCUUUGAAAACGAUCCAACCCUUCCAAAAUGUCCGCCAGUGACGCCGGAUUUUCCAACAAAGAUGUCUUGGUUGGAGUGGGCUGGGAUGUUAUUCGGAAGGCUUGUUUGUCAGGAUUGCGGAGAGGGGGGUGCCCCUCCAAAUAUACCUUUCCGCCGAUUCCAAUGUAAUGACUGCAUGUUUGUGAACGAUCGCCUCGUGGAUGAAUUGCAGGCGAUCGAUGGGCAUUCAAUUGCGUAUAAUUUAGUAAGGAAGAGUCAGUUGUUGCACUUGUCAGAAGAGGGAGAUCUCGUAAAUACAAUCGAUGAGUGGUGUCUAUACAGUGAGGCAGAACUGAAAGCUGUCCAUGGGACCAUUACUGGCUACGAGGACGCGAUUACGAGGGAAGAACCAGGAGCCAAGGAAGCGUUUGAUGCCUACAAAGCAAAGCGUAAAGCCUCAGUGGAUCCAAUUAAUGAGCAUGCCGCGACUUGUCUACGCUGGGCCGAAGAGUUGACGGAAUGCUACGUCGGUGAUUUGGAAAGGAGACAAUCAAACAUCAUCAAGAGAGUACAGAGCCGUUUCAAGCGACUAGGAUAUCAUCCCGAGGACGUUAGGAACGCGACUUCGGAAAUUGCACCUCAUGUCGACAGUCUCAAUAGGCCGAGGUUGUCCAAUAAACAAUGGGAAGCUCUCAAAACGUAUUUUGAGCCUACGGUCAUCAGAGUUCAAGAAGAACGUUGGGCGCGGGAACGCGGGAUCCUCAUCAAUAAACGGAAAGAGUUUGUCCACGAGCUGUAUAGGGAAUACAAGAAGUCAGUGCCGCCGUUGACGUGGGCAUACCUUCCUCCGCACUAUGCCGUCUAUCAAUUCAAGCCCUUCGAGGACUUGAUCAACGCACCACAUAGCGAUGAAUUGGAUAGGGCAUCUUGCGAGGAAGCGCUGUGGUGUUUACCGAAGGAAAUCCGGGAUUGGACAUUGACGAAGAAGAGGCAGCUCGUGUCGCUUUUACCUGGGCGCGGUAGCGGUGGCACCACCACUUCACAGCACGCUGGCCCCAGCUCGGAGCGUUCUGGCCCAUCACAGGAAAUGGAGGACAAUUUCGAGGCUCUCCAACUCGCCACCUCCGUGUUUUGCUGCCUCGGCUCCAACGUGAGCCCCCAACGUAAGGCGGGGCUAUGCCUCAUAGGCUGGGAGGCAGCCGGUCCUCAUCUGCGUUGCACCUCUCUGGAGACCUACUGGGAGAAGAGGUUACAUUUCAGUCAGCGGGGGCACGAUGCUGCUACGGUUCUUGUGAACCUUGCGUGUUUGGAUCCGAGGACGACGACUGCAGCUGAUAUGGAUCGAUUGGAUUAUAGGUAUAUAUGCACUUCCUGUCCUAUUGCUACGUAUACUGGAUUUAAGGGAAGGCAUGCGUAUAACUGGCGAGAUGCUGUUCUACACUACAUCAAGAUGCCGCACGACGGACAAGGAACACAUACAUCCCCGACGUGGAGUCUUCUCACAAUAGAGGCCGAGUACGACGUUAAACGUCGAGAGGAGUACGAUCCCUAUACCACCGAGUCUUCUUGGUCGUGCGUCCAUUGCCCUGAGCACUUCAAGAAUAUGGUACCAAGAACGGAAGCCAUAAGACACGUUAAGGUCAAACACAACAUCUCUACCCCAGUUGAAAACGACGAUUUCUUCUACCUCAUAACAAGAACCGAUCGCACCCCACGCCGACAAGCCGGCUUCCCACAAGAUCCUUCCGCAGAGUAUAGGUGUACAUACUGUGUUUCGCACCUGCACAAUAUGAAGGGUAUACGUCGCCAUUUACGCCGCACGACAUUGGGGUGCCAAUGGCAAAGACGGAUUACGCGCAUGUGGAGACUAUUUUGCGUUCUGUACCUGCGCUGGAACCUGAAGCCACGUCACAUUAACCCUUAUGGUGUCCAUAGGAUUGAGGUCCGCUGUUAUGAAUGUUACAAGUGGGGGGAUAGUCAACGUAGUAUCCUUCAUUCUUGCGCACCGACGUCUAUGGUGCCAAAUGAGGAUACGUCAAGCCUAGCUGUUGAAAAACUAGCGUUAUCUAUCGUGAUGUAA